GAGAGUAGAGAAAAGGCAAGAUAAUCAGCAUUCUCGGGGUCUGAGAAGAAAAGAAAACGCAAUUAAUUCUAGAAGGUUUUCUGUCCACACGUGAACUAGGUGACUCUGUCCUGAAGUCCUAUGGAGCCUGCUGCUUCUCUGCAUUCUUGCCCGUUAGCCUCCCUUCUCUUCUUCUUGGUCCUCAGCCUGCUUGCGCUGCUCUCAGCCCAGUUUACUGUCAUAGGACCAGCUGAGCCAAUCCUGGCCAUGGUAGGAGAGAAUAUCACACUACAUUGCCACCUGACACCAGAAAGAAAUGCAGAAGACAUGGAGGUGCGGUGGUUCCGGUGGCGUUUCUCCCCUGCAGUUCUGGUGUACAGAGGCCAUCAAGAGAGACCAGAGGAGCAGAUGGUACCAUACCAAGGAAGAACCACCUUCAUGAGCACAGACAUCAGCAAGGGAAGAGUUGCGCUCAUUAUCCACAAUGUCACAACCUAUGACAAUGGCAUCUACUACUGUUACUUCCAAGAAGGCAGGUCCUAUGACCAGGCAACCAUCAGGCUCAGGGUGGCAAGCCUUGGCUCUGAGCCUCUUAUUCAGAUGAAGACUCUUGAGGAUGGGAGCAUCUUGCUAAAAUGCACAUCUGGAGGGUGGUACCCAGAGCCCCGAGCUGUGUGGAGAGACCCGUACGAUGAAGUUGUACCCGCCCUGGAGGAAGAGUAUACACCAGACAGAGAAGGCCUUUUCAGAGUCACCAUGACUAUAAUCAUCAGGGACUGCUCUGUGAGGAACAUGACCUGCUCUAUCAACAACACUCUGCUCAGCCAGGAGACAGCAAGUGUGAUUCUCAUUCCAGAACCCUUCGUGCGGAGUCUUGCUGUCUGGAUGGUGGUCACUGCUGUCAUUCUGCCUAUAGUAAUGGUGAUCCUCCUCACAUCUGGAAGCAUCUGCCUUGUCAAGAAACACCACAGGAAGAAAUCAAUUUUGUCAGCUGAAAAAGAAGCCAAAUAUGAGGAAAAGGAAACUGCACGGCAGCUUCAAGAGGAACUGCCUGAUGUGGUCCUGGACCCAGAUACAGCUCAUCCUGAGCUCUUCCUAUCAGCUGACCAGAGAAGUGUAAGACGAGGCCCUUCGAGGCAGAGUGUGUCUGACAACCCUGAGAGAUUUGACUGCCGUCCAUGUGUCCUGGGCAGGGACAGCUUCUCCUCAGGAAAGCAUUACUGGGAGGUAGAGGUGGAAAAUGUAAUGGUGUGGGCCAUUGGCGUUUGUAAAGACAGUGUUGAAAGGAAAGGGGAGGCCCUGUUGGUUCCUCAGAAUGGCUUCUGGACCCUGGAGAUGUUUGGAAGCCAGUAUCGAGCCCUGUCCUCCCCAGAAAAAAUCAUACCUCUGAAAGAGCGUCUUCACCGCGUGGCCGUCUUCCUGGACUGUGAGGGUGGGGAUAUUUCUUUCUACAACAUGAGAGACAGAUCACACAUCUACACAUGUCCUCCUGUGACUUUCACUGGGCCCCUGAGACCCUUCUUUAGGCUCGGUUCUGAUGACAGUCCCCUGUUUAUCUGUCCAGCAUUCACAGGAGCACAGGGAGUUACAAUACCUGAGGGAGGCCUGCUCCUAUAUAGGACAAGACCAAUUUCCCAGAGCCUUGUAAGGCAGCCAGAGUCCUCAGCACAGCACUAUCUGGUGUAGAACGAACUCUGUGUCCUUCAGGUCAUGUGGAGCAUCUUCCAGCUGCUGCCUUCAUACAUACUUCAGGCCCAUGCCUCACUCAGUUCACUACAUCAUUUCUUCUAACUAUGGGCCUAAGUAGACCCAGUCUUAGGGGACUGUUGCUAUGAUACAGCUCUCUCCUGAGAAGAAAUUGUGAGAAGGGGAGAGGCAGAAAACUUGAACCUUCAACUUGAUGCUCUGGCCACGGUGGAUGUUAGGCAAGGGCAACAGGGUGCCUCAGGAUGUAAGAAGAGAGAACUGCAGUGUUGUGGUUUGCCCUGAAGUUAUCUGUAUUUUGAUGCUAAUUCCACUGCU